CUUAAUAAUCGUAUCUGUUAAAUUAUUAUUAUCAUUAUCCUCACCUCUUUAUGGCAUCCUCACUGCGACUGUAUUUCCCACUCAAUCUUCCCCAAAAACCCACAACAAACCCUAGAUGCCACCACACUCCAAUACGGUGCGGUCCACGGGACAACCGUGGACCGCUCUACAAAGGCCGAACGUUAAGCAUAGAAGCAAUCCAAGCCGUCCAAUCACUCAAACGCUCACACCGUUCAGAUCCUACCAAUAACGACACCGUUUCCAGAACCUUAUCUCGUCUUGUGAAAUCUGACCUCAUUGCUGCUUUUAACGAACUUAUUCGACAGGAUCAGUUUGAUCUUGCGGUUAAAGUGUUCUCAGCCAUUAGAUCUGAAGACUGGUAUAAAACGGAUUUGAAUUUGUACGCCAAGCUUGUUUCGGCUAUGGCCAGUAAAGGUAUGACGGAUGAAAUUGACCGGCUGAUGUGUGAUGUGGAACCAGCGGAUGUGGUUUCGGCCGAGGGUAAGGGGCUAGUGACGGUUAUCAAGGCGUUGCUGGCGGCUGAUAGGGCGGAAUCGACGGUUAGGAUUUACGAGAUGAUGAAGGCGGGUGGAUGGAGGUGUAAUUCUUCAGCUGAUGAUUAUGUUGGUAAGGUGUUGAGUAGGGGGUUGAGGAGGUUAGGGAAGAAUAAGGUGGCUGAUGAGAUUGAUUUGGAAAUUGAGAGGGUGUCUGGUGGUGUAUUGGAAAAGAUAGGGGGUUGAAUUGUAAAAUUGCUGUUUAGAAAGUUAUUCAAGUAAGUUAAUAUAGUUUUUUUUUUUGUUUAAUCCCAAGGUUGUAGUGUUUAUAAUAAGUUUAGGACAAGUUACUCGAGACCGACUUGCUAAAAGUUUGAUUUGAGCCACUCAAGACCGACUUGCUACGAGUUUGAAUCAAGCCGCUCGAGAUUGGCUUACUAAAAGUUUGAUUCGAGCUCAAGCCUACAUAUAAGCUUGUUUAGUAAAAGAGACCAGCUACACAAACAGUAGCAGGCAAUGUUCCAAUAUGCACACUAUCACUUGAUAAAACCGAUGAAAAGAAAUUGGUCAGUUGUUUGU